AUGACAGAAAUAUUAGCAAUUUCUAUAGAAGUUUUGAAUUUGAAUGUAAAGACAUUAGCCUUAAACCUUAAAGGUACGCCGCCGCCGGGGGAUGGCCAUUACAAUAAGCGUCAUGGUUGUAUAGAAAUUGCAACGCAUUCUUUCAGCCUUCCUGAAGUAGACCUUUUACGUUCUAUUCUCUUAGAUCGAUACGGUAUUGAGUCUACUCGCCCUGCCUAUAAUAAAGCUAAAGAACAAUCAAUUCUUCGAAUCCCAAAAAGGGAAGUAUCUAAAGUACAGGCCCUUGUUUCUAAACUUAUACCUAAUUCGACGGCCUAUCGUGUUGGUAGCAUAGAAAUUUCAACUCAUUCAUAUACUGGUAGCGAAGUUGAGCGCUUAAGAGCUGCCCUCCUUAAGAAUUUCAAUAUUGAGUCUACGAGAGUCUCUGGUGGUGUCAAAGGGAAGGAUCAAUAUCGUAUACGUAUCCCUAAAAGAGAGGUUGCUAAAGUUAAGGAUCUUGUUGCUGCUCACCUGCCCUGCCUUCGACUAUGA